AUGAAACCCUUACCAUUUCCCCUCCCCCUCCGCAUCGGCACAGACAUAGUCCACACUCCUCGAAUAUCCCGCCUCCUCAACCGCGCCGACUACCUAACGCGCUUCACCCGACGCAUUCUCGAUCCCCAAGAACAAGCCGACUUCACAACGCGCUUCAAAGAAACCCUCGCACCACACGGCACUUCCGUCAGUCCACCAGUCACAGCUGAAAUGACGCGCUGGUUAGCUGGCCGGUUCGCGGCGAAAGAAGCGGCGCGCAAAGCUGCGCCCGAAGGCGCGGCCGAGAUUGGAUGGAAAGAUGUUGUUGUUAGGGCGCAAGGGGAGAGCGAUGAGAAGAAGAAGAAGAAGAAGAAGAAGAAGAAGAAGAAGAAGAAGAAGAAGAAGAAGAAGAAGGGAAAGAAGACUGGGAAGGACAAUGAGACGGGUAGAAAGCGCAAAUGGCCGGAGACGGAAGACAAAACAAAAGAUCCGGACGAGUGA